GUGCGCCGCGGGUGCUGGGGGCUCGAGAACCGAGCGGAGCUGGUUGAGCCUCCAAAGUCCUAAAACGCGCGGCCGUGGGUUCGGGGUUUAUUGAUUGAAUUCCGCUGGCGCAGGGUCCUCUGCAGAGAGAGAAAAAGAGAGAGCGCGAGAGAUGGAUAUGGACAAACGGAUUUAUUUAGAGCUGCGGAACAGGACGCCCUCUGAUGUGAAAGAACUCGUCCUGGACAACUGUCGGUCAAUUGAAGGCAAAAUCAAAGGCCUCACAGAUGAAUUUGAAGAACUGGAAUUCUUAAGUACAAUCAACGUAGGCCUCACCUCCAUUUCGAACUUACCAAAGUUAAACAAACUCAAGAAGCUUGAAUUAAGCGAUAACAGAAUCUCAGGGGACCUGGAAGUAUUGGCAGAAAAAUGUCCGAACCUUAAGCAUCUAAAUUUAAGUGGCAACAAAAUAAAAGACCUCAGCACAAUAGAGCCACUGAAGAAGUUAGAGAAUCUCAAGAGCCUAGACCUGUUUAACUGUGAGGUGACCAACCUGAAUGACUACCGAGAAAACGUGUUCAAGCUCCUGCCCCAGGUCAUGUACCUCGAUGGCUAUGACAGGGACAACAAGGAGGCCCCUGACUCUGAUGUUGAGGGCUACGUGGAGGAUGACGACGAGGAAGAUGAAGAUGAGGAGGAGUAUGAUGAAUAUGCCCAGCUAGUGGAAGAUGAGGAGGAAGAGGAUGAGGAAGAAGAAGGGGAGGAAGAAGAUGUGAGUGGAGAGGAGGAGGAGGAUGAAGAAGGUUACAACGACGGGGAAGUGGAAGAUGAUGAAGACGAAGAGGAGGCUGGUGAAGAAGAAAGGAGUCAGAAGCGAAAACGAGAACCCGAAGAUGAGGGUGAAGAGGAUGACUAAGGGGAAUUAACCUGUUUGGGAAAAUUCCUAUCGUGAUUUGACUGUUUUUACCCAUAUCCCCUCCCCCCUCCUAUUCCUGCCCCCAAAACUUAUUUUUUUCUGAUUGUAGCGUUGCUGUGGGAAUGAGAGGGGAAAAGUGUACUGGGGGGUGCCGGGGGGGGGGGGGGGGGGGGGGAGGAAUAAAAUACUAUUUUUACUGCCACUCUUUUUAUUUUCCCCCCUCCUUUUUCCUUGUGUCUGGUUUUGCCCCCGUAAAUGCAAUAGCUUAGCGCACACCCAGCAAGUAUUUGUUCCUACUCUCAGAGAGGAUGGCUUGGCGGCCGGCCUCUCCGUUUUCUGGUAUAUCUCACAUCCCAGAGUUGGUCAGGAGGCUGUGGCUGGCCUCCCAGAUAACUCACAGCUGAAGAGGCACAGAAUCCCAGCCUCUGUGUUUGAUAACUCUUGUUCUGGUUCAUGUGGUCUCUGCCAGAGGUACCCAGCACCCUGGUUUGUAAAUAGCAACAUAAAGGCGUAUUUUGGCACUGGUUCGGGGACAUUCCCCAUCUCUCAUCCCUUUUCCCCCUUCACAGAUGGCAGUGGGCUCUGCUUUUGCAAAGAGAACUUUUGUUACUCCAGGCGCUGUGAUUCUGAGAGCCAGAAAUCGGCAGGCUUAGAAAUGGGUUGGUAAUCGUAAUGAAAAGAAGCAAACCUUCAUAUUUUAACUUCUUUUAAAAAAAAAUCAUGUUCUAUCUUGUUCUGUAAAAUAUUAGAGCAGUUUGUUUUGCAGAAAUGACAGGAGGACUCAUCUCGGGUACUCCAGCUUAGACUCUUUUUACAAAUCUAAGCUCUGGAGGCACACUGCAUGUCCACUGGGUUUUUGUUCUGUUUUGUUUUCCUUCUCGCAUACAUCAGGAGCACGGAAAAGGAAUGCAAAAUUGUAUUUUCUUACCUAGUGGGACUCUGAAGUGACAGCAGAUUCCUCCUAGUGAAUGCUGUUUGCUUUCAGCACCCCCCUUCCGGAUCGCUUUAGAAGUGACGUGCUGUUUCCUACACUGUUUCAUUUGUACAGAAGAACAUCUGCAACUCAUUUUUCUCCCACCCUUGAGAAGAGCCAAACUUUGAGUUUUAUGUCUGUUUGUCAUUGAUAAAUUUCAAUAAAUCUUUUUUAUACAAUUUUUUUGGGGGA